AUGUUCAGCAAACUGGUAGCUUUCGGUGCGAUGCUGGCAGCAGCUCGUGGCCACGGACACGCUGUGUCUUCCCAAAGCAUCGUACGCCACGAUGGUGGUCAUUACGCCGCCCCCUACGCUGUGCCAUACGCUGCUCCCUACGUAGCCGGUUACGCCGCACCAUACGAAGGCGUCUACGCUGCCCCUUAUGAUGGUGUCUACGCUGCCCCCUACGCUGCACCUCUUCCGUACGCCGCCGAUGGUCUGGCUUACGCUGGCCAUUACGACAACGGCCAUGAUGAACAUGCUCACCCAAAAUAUGACUUCGAGUACUCUGUAUCUGACCCCCACACCGGUGACCACAAGUCCCAGCACGAGAGCCGCGACGGUGACGCCGUGCACGGAUACUACUCCCUGGUGCAGCCUGAUGGCUCUGUGCGUAAGGUCGAGUACACCGCCGAUGAUCACAACGGAUUCAACGCCGUUGUGCACACGUCAGCUCCAUCCAUCCACCCUGCACCCGAGUACCACCACUACUAA